GAGGCCGGGGGCGCCGCCCUGGCCCCCGCGGCGGCGGGCACCUCGCUGGUGCCGCGCCGCCGGGCGCCGCAGCGGCGGUGCAGGGCGCCGCGCGUCGCGACGAUCCCCCGGGCCAUCACCAUCACGACACCCUUCGCCAGGUUCGUGGUGGACGCGGAGGGCACGGCCAUCGACCUCCCAGCCGCCGCCAGGGCGCACCUCGACGCGCUCCGCGAGCGUCGCUGCAAGAGGGACCGAGCGGCGGAGGGGCACGCUGACGCGCCCGCGGCCCUCGUGAUCUACGGGAAGCCCAUGAGGAGCAACCUGGAGGACGCGCUCUCGGACCUGGGGCUGUGAGGCCCCCCGGGCGCCGCCCGCGGGGGGGCCCGCGCGCCGGCCCGGUGCCCGAGCGCCGAGCGCCCGCCUCCAGGAAUUCGACACCGAAUUCGGCGCCCGGCCGGCAGGGUCGAGGGGCGCGAGCGGUGCCGCUGGAGGGUGCGGUGGGGUCGCCCCCAGACCUCCAACGCGAUCCUUUCUCGAUGCGGUCCUGUUACGCGGUUCAGCACGGCUCAGGCCUGCCCGGUUGGGCCUUCACCGUGCGCCGCUCGUCCGCCCUUCGGCGUAACGUCGGGCGGGGCUAGGACGAGGAUCAAUCCGGCCCAGAGCGUUCUGGAACGCUCUGUGAGGGCCGCGGUGCCCGAGACAUUCUCCAGGGCCGC